AUGGCGGACUUCGCCGCAUUCCGCGACUACCAAACACGCUCCUCUAUCCUCGCGGAGAAGGAGCGGGCCGUUGAGCUCCGCCGCCGCAUGCUGCAGGAGUUGACGCAGAACGUGCAGCUGCUCUCGGACGAGUGCAAGCGGCGCGAGGAGCAGCUGCAGCAGGAGCGGCACCGCUUCGCCCAGCGAAAGGCGGUGCAGGACGAGAAGGUCGGCGCGAAGGACAAUCAAGGGCGGGCGCAGCGCGAGCGUGUCGCCGCACUCGACGCGGAGGAAAUGCGCCUCCGCUGCGACAUCGCGGACCGCGAGGAGGAGAUGCAGCGGGUAGAGGCCGAGCUGCAGCAGCGGCACGCCCUCUCCGGCAAGGUGCGGGAGGCGAAGGAGGGCCUCACGCAGCUCAAGUGCCAGCUGGAGGAGCGUGACGCCAAAGUGAUGCAGCUGGAGACGCGCGUCGCGAGGAUGGAGAUGGCCGCGGAGAAGCGGCACGCACUCAUUGCGGAGCGGCUGCCGUCGUACCGGCUGCCGCGAAUAGAGGCGGAGCGCAGCGGCGGUCUUGAGGAAACCGCCGGCGAGAGCAUUUUGCUCAUUGACGAGUUAAAUUAG